GUUUAGAAUCAGAUAUUUACCACAAACCAUUAUCAACCUUUUUUUUCCAACCCGCAAAAACCGCCAUUCAUUCUUGUCCUAGAACCGGUUAUUCAAAAUGGAGAGAGUGCAGUUCCAGCAAGAGCAGAUGCUCGCAGAGCUCAAGGACCUCGUUCAAAGAGGCCUUUUCACUGAAGCCGAGGUGAAACAGAUUAUGAGAAAGCGAACGCAGUUUGAAAAUGCACUGGUGCGCCGAGUUGCCAGAAAAGCCGACUUUUUGCGAUACGCUGCAUACGAGAUGAAUUUGGAACAGCUUCGCAGAAAGAGAUUGGACCGGCUGGACCUACCUAAAUCGAAAACCACCAUUUCUGACUACGCGCUCGUGCGACGACAGUUUCACAUAUUUGAACGUGCUCUCAGGAAAUUUAAGGCCGAUGUUGGUUUGUGGAUUCAGUAUAUACAGGUUGCCAAGCGCGCAGGUGCUCGUGGUCUAGUUGGGCGGGUCUCGGCGCGCGCGCUUCAGUUACACCCAAACGUACCUUCCCUCUAUGUUAUCGCUGCAUCCCAUGAGUUGUCGCACGCAUCACCAUCCGCCGCGCGUGCCCUCUUGCAGCGUGGCCUUCGGCUUAAUGCACACAGUAUCGACCUAUGGAGAGAGUACGUUCGGAUGGAAUUGCACUUCAUUGAGGGCAUGCGAAGGCGGUGGAAUAUAUUAGGCAUUAGUAUUAAUGCGGAGAAGAAGCCGGCUAACAUAGAUGCAAGAAUGGGUGUGGACGCUGGCGUGGACGAUGCAGCAGACCCUAUCAUCGUCACCGACGACAGGGUGAAAAUGCCAGACGAAAUUGUUGCUGCGGAAAUGGGAGGAGACGAGGGUGAGGCUGCGCGUAGGGCGAUCAUGGAGGGAGCCAUCGUGAAGUCCGCUAUGUCCAGUGCAGCCAAAGCCUCACCCCGAAUCGAACUCUUUUCGCAACUCGAGGAGCUUAUCCGCAAUUAUCCUUGCGAACCGCAUCUCCGUGAGAUGCUGUUGGAUGAACUUUAUCACCUCCUUCAUCAGUCAAUACCUGAUGAUUCCGAGGCAAUCAAGAUGCUUGCCACUAGACGCCUCCGUGAAUUGACCUUAGACCAGGCAGGCAUAGGGAGUGAGUCUAACCAACUAGAGAGUGAACGGCUGGUCGACGCCCUCCGAUAUGCCAAUGAACGCCUUGUGGAUGCCGUUAGUAACCCACCAAACGACAAGAUAAGAGCCGCAAUUUCAACCCUUUACGCGGACUUCGUCCAGGAGUGGUGUCGACGGCCUACUUUGGAUGCGGCGCUGAAACAAUAUCUAAUAGCUUCAUUGCAUACGUUGGCGCGAACUCCAGAUGCGUUGCCGGUCCUACAAGCCACACAUUUGCGUCUUCUCCUGCGUGAUGGCGCGCCUUCCAAACAGAUUCUGAAACUAGCGAGAAGAUACUCUCGUGCCACAAACUCACCCGAUGUUUGGCUGGCCCGGCUGGACGCUGAGAAGGCGGCUAACAAUGGUGAUAUCACGACGAUAUGGUCAUCGGCUCGCUCUGCUGUGCAAGGUUUCCCAGAUAAGCGCGAAGUGGAAAAAGUUUGGCUGUGGGGGCUGGACGUCCGUGCGACUCAAGGUGAGAACCGGCUUUCAUCGUUUGAGAACUUGCUUGAGCAAAGCAUGCGGGACUCGUCCACACGCAGUAUUCACGAGAGCCUGCUCCUCCGAUACGUUUCCGAUGUGGUGUAUUCUGAAGGCACGGGUGGUGCCGAACGUUGCAAGCUAAUACGAAGAUUACCUGCCGCCUAUCUACCGACUAAAGCUGUGUGGGAGCGUCUAUUUUCUUUUCAAUCUACGCGAGGGGAUGAUGCCCAAAAAACAAUGCUCAGUACCAUAUACCAAUACUGGCAAGCCUUCGAUGGUAUCUCGGCGGCCAUGGCGUGGGCAGGCUGGCUGGUUGAUCGCGGAGAUGGAAAGGAGGCUAUGGAGAUUAUUAGUAAAGCAGCUGCGCAUCUGCCCAACGAGCAGAGAGCUCAACUGCAGCAGAUGUGGAAUUCUCGGCUGAACGGAGGGAAUGGAGAAGAGGAUAAAAGGGAGGAAAUGUUCAGCGCUGUGGAGGAGAAUGGCGAAGGGAUGCCAAUUACGCUGAUGGUCGAGUAAGGCUUAUCACUGAUGCAAAGCUCUAUGUGAGAUGCACAAAUUGGAUAGUGCGGCAUUAAUAUGUGGGCACCACCAGGGUACCAUUAGAGUAUCGAUACGUUACGUGAUUGCAGCAAUAGUAUCUAGUUGCUUGAAUG